GAUACCGAUUGAAAAUUCUACAACUACAAUGUGGAAUGAUAAAGAUUGUGAUGGAAACUCAUCCGGUAAAUGUCAGGCCUGCCCAGACGGCUAUUUUGGUAACAAGUGUGAAAUUAGCUGUACUAACAAAUGCCUUAAAUGCUUUGCUUCAACCUUCAAUACAAGCAAGCCAGAAUGCACAUUGUGUGAGGAAGGAUAUUUUCUUUUCAUGAACAGUUGUGUACAGUGUUCGAAAGAAUGUAGAUCAUGUAAUAAUUUUGAUAGUUGCAUAAAAUGUAAACCAGGAUUUUAUGGUCCGGUUUGUACUAAGUGUCAUGAUAGUUGCUUGGAAUGUACUUCUAAAGACAGUUGUACAAAAUGUAAACCAAACUUUUAUGCGGUCAAUAACUGCCGAUGUAGUAAGAAUUGUGCACUGGUUAAGGACACGAACUCUUUAUGUUAUGCCAACGGUACGUGUACACGCGGCUGUGUUGACGGGAAAAUGGGAGAAAAGUGUUCUUUAGAUUGUCCAGGUAAAGACAAGUGUUUGGCAUGUGAUCGAAAGGACGGUCGUUGUACAAAAUGUGUGGCUGGGUUUUAUAAUACACUAAAAUUCUGCAGUGAUAAGUGCGGUCGAUGUGUUCCUGACAGUAAUGGAAACACUACGUGUAGUAAUAAUACAAAUGGUUAUUGUUACGGGGAAUGUUCGGACGGAUACUUUGGUAAAAAAUGUGAUGAGAACUGCAGUAAAAAUUGUCGACGAAAUAACGAAGAUAUACCAACAUGCUAUCAAAAGACAGGGAAUUGUAUGAAUUGUCCACCAGGUUAUUACGGGAGCUUUUGUCAAUAUAAGUGCAACGAAAAUUGUAUUGAGUCAGAUGACGGCAUAAACAUUUGUAACGAAAACAUGGGCGAAUGCCAAAGCUGUAAAAGAGGAUAUUUUGGAACAUUUUGCACAUAUAAUUGCUCUGAUAACUGUUUCGACACCUGUGAUAUCGUAACAGGUAAAUGUCAUCAAUGCGAAGAGAACUUUUAUGGCCAUUUCUGUGAGAAAAGGUGCUUUCAAAACUGUGACACGUGUGAUCAGUAUACAGGUGUCUGUAAUAUUUGUAAGAGUAACUUUUACGGGGAAAGCUGCAACUUAACAUGCCCAGGGAACUGCUCAGCAGAAAAAUACAAAAUGACAAACAAAACAGUAUGCCAGAGGGAGACGGGCGAAUGUUUAACUUGUAAAACUGGCUUUUAUGGGAAAACAUGCGACAAAAAGUGUCCAAAAAAUUGUGCGAAAUAUUUUUCAGAAAUAACCAGUCCAAAAUGUAUUAAAUCAAAUGGGCGAUGUAUAAAUUGUGAAAUCGGUUAUUAUGGAAUGUUCUGUGAACGAAAAUGUAGGAAAACGUGUCAACAAUUAAAUAAUUCCGGAAAAAGGCCGUGUGUUCAAACCACCGGAAGGUGUAGCCUUGGUUGCAUCAAUGGAUGGCACGGAGGAAUGUGUCGACUCAUUUGUAACGCUACAUGCGAAAAUCGUGCAUGCGAUUUAUUGACUGGACAAUGUUCAAAAGGAUGCAUCAUUGGUUACGAGGGAUACUUCUGUGAAAAAAAGCAGAUUUUCUUCGAACCAAACCUAACAGAGGACGCUCUUACGGUCAAUGAAGGUACUGUUAUUACAGAUAUCAACUGCAGGUCAAGAUGUAAUCCUGUUUGUUCCAUUCAAUGGACUCGAGAACAGGAUGGAUUAAGUGUCAGCAAGAAUGGUACACUUCAGUUAGGCACGGUAUCCCGAGAAACAACAGGUGUUUAUACGUGUAUGGUGAUAGAUUCAUGGUUAGCUAAAACUUUCCACAAAAGCAUAUCUGUCUAUAUUAAAUACGGACCAGACCAUCUUCACAUAAUUCCUCAUGAAAACUAUUUGACAAUUACGAGAGGCGAGCAAGCUCCUUUAGUAAAAUGUAUGGCCGAAUGCUACCCGCCGUGUAAGUUCCAGUGGACAAAGAAAAAUGACAGUUCGGUGUGGAUUGUAAACGAUACCCUUCAGCUUGGCGUUGUUACAUGGCAACACAGUGGGAUAUAUACGUGCACAGUAACUAACACAGAUAAAGAAUAUCCAAAGUCGUAUAGUUUGAGUCUUGAAAUAGAAGUAACAGGAAAUGAAGGACACAAAUCAAACAGCUUACGUAUGUUGGUGUUAGUUAUUGGUGCUUGUGCGGUAGCAGCAGCUGUUGUCAUCGUAACAGUUCUUGGUGUAGCUCUGACAUUGAAACGCACAACUAAUAGAGGUUAUUUUAUGUUUUUCCAACUUCUCAGUUCUAUCACACAAUGACAUGGUAUCCAACCGUCAAAAUAUAAAUGGCAAUAGCUUUAUAAGGGUUUGAAAUAUCAAUGCCGGAAGUAGGUCGAAGAAAUACCGAGUAACACGAGUAACGGUGAUCGAACUGAAAAUCUUAUUAUUUAAACACUAACCUGG